GUGUGUGUGUGUGUGUGUAUGUGUGUGCUUCCUCCCCAUCUUCUAUUGCAAUCCUCAGAAGUCUCUCCGAGAGAGCGAGAGAGCGCCUGAUACUGAGAGCCAGCCUGCAAUCAACAAGGCACUAUGCAUUUCAGACCGCUACUGUAGGGGGAAUUACAGCUUCUCCUAGCCAGCUGCCAGCAUGAUUUCAUCUGCUGGAGGAUUUUUGCAUCUGAUCGUUUGAGUUUUUUUUCCUUCCCUCUGUCUUUGUUUCCUUCCCCUUCUCCCCCCCCACCCCCCUUUCCUCCUCCUCCUCCUCCUCCUCUUUUUUUAGAAGCAGCAGUCGGAGAUGGAUGUCUCUCUUUGCCCUACCAAGUGCAGUUUCUGGAGGGUAUUUUUGCUCUGGAGCAUUUGGGGAGACUAUCUGCUGUCGGUGCUGGCGUGCCCUGCGAAUUGCCUUUGCAGCAAGACAGACAUCAAUUGCAAGAAGCCGGAUGAUGGGAACCUCUUCCCUCUCUUGGAAGGGCAGGAUUCAGGCACCAGCAAUGGGAACACCAGCAUCAACAUCACUGACAUCUCAAGGAACAUCACUUCAAUACACAUAGAGAACUGGAAGAACUUGCAGACGCUGAAUGCUGUAGACAUGGAGCUGUACACGGGACUCCAGAGGCUGACAAUCAGGAACUCAGGACUUCGCAGCAUCCAGCCGCGAGCCUUUGCCAAGAACCCUCAUCUGCGCUACAUAAACCUCUCCGAUAACCGGCUUACCACACUGUCAUGGCAACUCUUCCAGACACUGAGGCUUUCUGAACUGACACUUGAAAGAAACCUUUUUAACUGCAGCUGUGACAUCCGCUGGAUUCAGCUCUGGCAGGAGAAGGGUGAAGCAAACCUGCAGAAACAGGAGCUGUACUGCAUGAACAUGGAGGCUGCUGUCAUUCCCCUGCAGGAGAUGAACAUCACCCAGUGUGAUCUGCCCGAGAUCAGCGUCAGCCACAUUAACCUGACUGUGCGGGAAGGUGAGAACGCGGUGAUCACCUGCAAUGGCUCAGGCUCGCCGCUGCCAGACGUAGACUGGACGGUUGCAGAUCUGCACUCCAUCACUACUCACCAGACAAACCUCAACUGGACUAACGUUCAUGCCAUCAAUUUGACUCUGGUGAACGUCACCAGUGAGGAUAACGGGUUCCUCCUGACAUGUAUUGCUGAGAACGUGGUGGGAAUGACCAAUGCCAGUGUGCUGCUCACGGUCUACUAUCCGCCACGCAUUCAGAGCCUGGAGGAGCCAGAGCUGCGUCUGGAGCAUUGCAUUGAGUUUGUGGUGCAUGGGAACCCAGUGCCCAGCCUUCACUGGCUGCACAAUGGCCAGGUCCUCAGGGAGACUGAGAUCAUCCGCAUGGAGUUCUAUCAGCAGGGUGAAGUGUCUGAGGGCUGUCUACUCUUCAACAAGCCCACUCACUACAACAAUGGCAACUACACCCUCGUGGCCACCAAUCCGCUGGGGACAGCCAACCAGACCAUCAAAGGGCACUUCCUCGAGAAGCCCUUUCCAGUUGGUGACUAUGAAGUGAGCCCCACCCCACCUAUCACCGUGACCCACAAACCAGAGGAGGAUACAUUUGGGGUAUCCAUAGCAGUUGGGCUUGCAGCUUUCGCCUGUGUCCUCUUGGUGGUGCUCUUUAUUAUGAUCAACAAGUAUGGUCGACGGUCCAAGUUUGGGAUGAAAGGUCCCGUGGCAGUGAUCAGCGGGGAGGAGGAUUCUGCCAGCCCCCUCCAUCAUAUCAACCAUGGCAUCACCACACCCUCGUCGCUGGAUGCUGGCCCGGACACGGUGGUGAUCGGCAUGACCCGUAUCCCCGUCAUCGAGAACCCCCAGUACUUCAGGCAAGGCCACAACUGCCACAAGCCAGACACAUAUGUUCAGCAUAUUAAGAGGAGAGACAUCGUUCUGAAGAGGGAACUGGGAGAAGGUGCCUUCGGGAAGGUGUUCUUGGCCGAGUGCUACAACCUUAGCCCCACCAAGGACAAGAUGCUGGUGGCAGUGAAGGCUCUGAAAGACCCCACUUUGGCAGCCCGCAAGGAUUUCCAGAGGGAGGCAGAGCUGCUCACCAACCUGCAGCAUGAGCACAUUGUCAAGUUCUAUGGGGUCUGCGGUGACGGGGACCCUCUCAUCAUGGUCUUUGAAUACAUGAAGCAUGGGGACCUGAAUAAGUUCCUGAGGGCGCACGGCCCAGAUGCUAUGAUCCUGGUGGACGGGCAGCCUCGACAGGCCAAGGGGGAGCUGGGGCUGUCCCAGAUGCUGCACAUUGCCAGCCAGAUUGCCUCUGGAAUGGUGUACCUUGCUUCCCAGCACUUCGUCCACAGAGACCUGGCAACCAGGAACUGCUUGGUUGGAGCCAACCUGCUGGUGAAGAUUGGCGACUUUGGGAUGUCAAGAGAUGUCUACAGCACUGAUUACUACAGGGAAGGGCCGCAUCCGAAGGGCCAAUGCAGCGCAGCGUGGCAGCGGCAGAGACUAGCACGACCAGCAGCUAAAACAGGGGCCUCUAUCUUAUUCACUACACACCAUACAACAUCUGCAGUGAAAGAGGAAAGGAUGCUAUGGAUACCACCUUCAUUCAUGACACACCAUACAAUAUCCGCGGUGAAUGAGGUUGGAGGACACACCAUGCUGCCCAUCCGCUGGAUGCCCCCUGAGAGCAUCAUGUACCGGAAGUUCACAACAGAGAGUGACGUGUGGAGCUUUGGGGUGAUCCUCUGGGAGAUCUUCACAUAUGGGAAGCAGCCCUGGUUCCAGCUCUCAAACACAGAGGUCAUCGAGUGCAUCACCCAAGGCCGAGUCUUGGAGAGGCCUCGAGUUUGUCCCAAGGAGGUUUAUGACAUCAUGUUGGGCUGCUGGCAGAGGGAACCUCAACAGCGGCUCAACAUCAAGGAAAUCUACAAGAUCCUUCAUGCUCUUGGCAAGGCCACACCAAUCUACCUGGACAUCCUUGGCUAGCAGUGGCCACUUGUCAAAAGUUCCUGCUCCUUCCUUCCUCCACCCUCCCCACCUCCUCUUCUCCCCAACCCUUUCAGCCCCCAAGCAAACAUCUUCAUAUAAACUCAAGUGCCUGCUACACAUACAACACUGAAAAACAAAACAAAACAAACAAAAAAACAACCUGUAAGGCAGUUUGGCUUAUAUAUAUUUAUAGAUAUAUAGAUAUAGAUAUAUAUACCUUCCACACCAAUACAGAAAGAAGCUGCUGUUACAGAAACUAUAAGACUUUACAAAACAAAACAAAAAAGAAGAGAAGAAACGUAAAGUACUUAAACAAAAAAAAGGAGGAAUCUUUUCCCCCAAGCUGUGGAGCAGUGAAACAUGACCCUGCUGUGCUUUGUCCGCUCGUGCCGAGCUCAAGACUCUUGCUAGCGCAGAGAAAAGCUCUGGGAGGAGGCCCUGCCCCGUUUGUAAGAUAUGCACUGAAUGUGUGACUCAGUUCCCCUUCCCCCCCCCCCCCCGGGCGUUCGGGCGCUGAGCCAGGGCAGUGCCCCUGGAGGAACUUGCAAUUCCGCCCGCCCAGCUCCACCCUUUUCCUCCUUUUGACAUUGCAGGACAAUUUUUCUAAUUUGCCAAUUCUUAAAUGUAGAGACUCAAGGCUUUCGGAACAUACAGUAAAGGAUCGCGGCACCUACGGGUAAACCACACACGAGAAACAGCCACCCUCCCACAGAACACAGACAAGAGGAACUGAACCUUUCUAUUGCCCAGCACCAACCCUUUGUCAGACUCUGGGGAUCAGUGCCGGGGACCAGAGCAGCUGCCUGGGAGAGCCAUACAGAGAGCAGAGUUGGGGAGGGGCCUGUGCCAUUCUAAGGAUGCUUUGACCGCACUUCGGCAUGGGGGACAGGCACCCAGCCCAUGCAUCGCCCCCAAAUAGAGGGCGGUUUUGAAAGCAAAACCCUCCGCCCUGCUUCUUUUGCCAGGGGACACAAUAGAGAUGUGAGGAGAGCCCCCGCCAUACAGAUGGGCCAAAUUCAUCCCUGGCGCAACGGCGCUGAAAUCAGGGCUUUCCCCCAGGGUGUGUUCAAAGGCUGUAGUUUGUCAUCUGGCUGGGGACUGAUUGGCACUGCCACAGGGGUGCUCUUCAGGGUUAGUAUGCCAUGCUGCCCCUCCUCUCUUUCCCCUGCCCCCACCAUCCACCCCCCUCUCCCUUCGUCCAGUACCUGCCAAAGGGGUGGGGGGUGCAGGGGAAACGAAGGGGUCUGGGAGAUGGCUGGGAACCUAUCAGCACCUGCCCAGGCCCUGUUGACAUUCCCCUCACGUCUCCAGGCCCUGAAAGGAUUGAUGCAUCUGCCUUUGAGCUGCUGUGAAAAUGCAGAGGCUGAAGAAUAGCUCCACUGGCAGCCCGGGGAGCUGGGGGAGGGGAAGGUGGUUCCUUCCCGAGGAGACAGCUCAGCAAAUGGCCACUGCGGCCAGCCUUGCAUGUCAAUGAGGACAAAGGCCUGGCCAAGGGGACAGGGACAGCCAGGGGAGGGGGAGAGAAGCAGGCCCCGUCCCAUGCCCCCAUCAAUAAAAGGAAUCAACCUCCUGGCGAAAGGCUUCCUCAGAGACGGACUCCUGCUCGAAGCAGGCCUGGGAAACAAACAUUUCUGGUUCGUUUCUCCUCCAGCUAAUGGAGGAACGAGGGGAGAAUGUGCCGCUUGGCAGCUCUAGCCAGGAGGAGCCUGGAGCACGGGAGCCAUUGUCAAGGCGGAAUCUGAAAGGUGACCGCUGCAGACCCAGAAAUAGCUUGUUGGGAUGUGGCCCUUGUCAUGGAAGGAAUGGGGGGAUCUUCUCUCCUCCCCUCCCCCCCCAGCAUCCCUUGCCCAGAGCAAUCAACAGAGCAGGCUACAUUCGAGAAAGGAUCCUUCUGUCCAGCUGGUGACGUAGUUGUGGCGUGCUGCACAGAGGACACCCCAUCCCCUCCCCCCUACCAUCACCCCAUUUAUCUGGAGCUGUCUUGUUCAUGGCUUAAAUCAGAGGAGGGGGCCCUGGUACAGGGAGGGGAAGUAAGCAGAUCCAGGGGAAGGCCUCUCUGGUGCUAGUGGAGCAGAGUCUGCAGGGGCGAAGGCUGCUGGAGAGGGAUGGGUGCAGUGGCUUAUUUGGCUGAGGCGGUGCUUGCUGUAAUAAAGGCAUUGGUGAGGGGAGUGGAGACAAAAUGUGACUCUUCGGCCUGCCUUACAAAAA